AUAUACGAACAUCGUAUCGGUACUUUCAUUCAGCAAACCAACCAACGAAGCUUCAAAGAACAGGCAGUCACGAAAGUAAUCUGCGCAAGUUUGGUCGUGGUGCUUGUGUUGCAUGUGUACGCGUACGGAUCAUGCGUUGUAAAAAUACAGUACAUGGAUGAGGGUUCAAAAAUUAAAUGGAUGCCAUCGGAAAACAAGCGUCUUUACAAUUUAAAUUCGUGUGGUCGGCAGCAUAACAUUUUCUAAAGUAUGUUGGUGCAUUGAAAAAGUUUUGUUAAUGCAAUGAUUCUAAGUUGAGUGUAAUAAGGUUCUUUAGUGCGCUUAUAGUGACAAAUUAGUGAUUUUUUGUGUGUGUGGAAGAUGGAUACGCCGAAGCGGAUUAAGACUAUUUCCUCACUUGUAAGCAGUCCUGCAUUGCAUAAUCAGGUGUUAUUAGGAGCGGACUCAACACCAUCUGGAUAUAAUCAUCACCAUCAUUGGAAUCCGGUUGGUGGCUGGCCACCGGAAGCAUUGACCAGUCCAGCAUCAACAUGUAGCUCACCGGAGACUUUAUUUGGAAAAACACUUACUGGGACACCGACUACAACCACCAAUUGCGGUAGUAGCAACAAUGACUGGAAGCAUCAACUCGGAACAAGUUCGGCGGAAAAAUCGGAAAACAAACGAGGCCGUCCAAGAUCCGAGGCUCUCACAACUCUGAUGGUAGAAGGUUCCGUCUCUCCAUCGGCAAUCAAAUGUCGAUACUGCAAUCGUGUGUUUCCACGGGAGAAAUCGCUCCAGGCCCAUCUACGGACGCACACAGGCGAACGACCGUAUCAGUGUGACUAUCCGGGAUGUACCCGCGCAUUCACCCAGAGUGGUCAGCUGAAAACUCACCAGCGGUUGCACACCGGAGAACGACCGUUCAUAUGUUCGGCCGCCAACUGCCAAAUGCGCUUUACCCAUGCCAAUCGGCACUGUCCCGAUCAUCCUUACGACACAUUGAAACGGUGCGACGAUUUUGUAAUACAAACCGUUCCGGAACAGAACAGUGAAGUACUGAAAUGGUUGGACAAAUACCGAAUGGAACGGGAGGACCGAACUCCCACCCGGAAGACACCCAAGCGGGCAAAUCACAGCGCUCAGAACGAGAAUGAAAACCGUUCGCGAACUGCUAGUAACAAUGAGAACUACGCUAUCAACGGUACUACCUUCCAGUCACCGAUAACACCUCGAUCGCCCUUCAAAAGUCGUAAGGGUCUGAUGUGUGAGCUGGAUAUGAAUGCGGGUAUGGGAUUGGCAGCUAGUCCGAUUACAGCCAAGACGAAACCGAAUAUUCCCAAAUUGAUCCAAUGGCAAGAGCCCACUAGCCAAGAAGAGGACGAAUCGGGUGAUGAAUCCAGUGGCAUUCCGAUUCGUUCAACGUUCAAUCCUAAAAAGAAGUGGCUUCGUGAUGCAUGGCAGGAGGACCUUGCAAAACCACUGGAACCAAGCAUUAUUUCGCCACAAGUGCUUUCCAGCACAACCUCAACAGCAGCUUUGAAACAACAGCUUAACCAGGAAAGAAACAACCUAAACAAUAACACUACUCUUGAUCCUAACCAAAUGCGUCCUACAGUUCUGAUGGUAGCCAGCAAGGAUUCUGCUCGCCCGCUCAACGAGCAAACCGUUCCGUCAACGCAAACCGGGAAACCAGAGGAAUCUAACCGGAAAUUACAGGGAGCGCUUGCUUUGAUGCAACUGGCUACUGAGGAAUCGGCAGCGCUAAUGGCACCGUAUAUGGCAGACACACCAAUCAAAGAAGUAAUUGACAAUAUUGAUGGAAACACAAAUACUUCCUGCUCGCCACCAUUAACAACUACUUUUGCUGAGCAUCGACCGCUACGAAUACCAAUGAUAUCCCAUCUAUCCGGUGACAUUGAUCAUAGCAUACCGUUUACACUAGCCGCCGAAGCAUACGCUAACUAUCAACGGUUGUGAACGGAAAAUUUUCUUGUACUAUUCUAACUUCCUUGUAAUCCGAUCUCUUCUAUAAUCUGCCUUUCUGGAUUUUAAAAGAUCCCACUAGUUUACAAUGUCCAAAGAAAGCAACCCCAGGAAGGGCAAGGGUAUCGAUCGCGCUCCGUAAACUUUACCCUGUGAUGUAUCUGUGUAUUUUAUUUUAGGUUCUUUACUGUUUAUUUUCAGUUUAAUAGAUUUUUAAACAUACGAUAUAGUUUUUGAUCUGUUAACAUUUUUCGAUUAUAGCCACCCAAGCAAACUAAUCACUGUAUAAUCUACGUGAAAUACUAUGAAUUUCGUUUUAAAUUCGCAAACCGCAGAACAUGAAAGCUAUUUAUUUGAUUUAUGAUUUGAAGUCUGCAUAACUAUUUUGAGCAAUAGUCUCAAACCUACAGAAAAAGAAAAUUACCAACCAAGCUCGAAAUCCAUUUUAGGUUAGAAUCACAGCGAGCAUAUUUUAUAAUAUGUACUAUAGAUAGGUAUUACUUACGAACGACUCAUUAUAUUUUCCACGAAAUGCAUCCAUGAUGUUUUAAUA